UAGAUUUUCUCAGCUGCUACCUUUUUUUUUUUAUCUUGUUAUCGCUCAGAGCAUAAUAUAAGCAUCGUACGAUCCAUUCCAGCUUCAAGGCUUGAACCAACAACCACUAAUUAGUUCUGUCUCUCGUACGUGUGUCAUGUAAAUGGAGGCGAACGGCCGGGAGCAGGGUGAGAUGCUCAACCUGGAGCUCGCGCUCCAGUUCCCCUCGGCGUCGUCGGAGCCGGAGGAGCCUCCAGGCUUCUUCCUCUGCGUCUACUGCGGCCGCAAGUUCUACAACUCGCAGGCGCUCGGCGGCCACCAGAACGCGCACAAGGAAGAGCGCGGCCUCGCCAGGCGCCGCCGGGAGGACAUCGCCGCCGCCACGCACGCCCACGCGGCGCCGUCAUCAUCGUCCUCCGCGCCGCCUUCGAAGGACGCCGCGAGGAUUAUUAUCAGAGGCCGCGCCGGCGGCGGUUUCUUUGAUCAAGGGGAUAAGAAGAAGGCCAGGAUGGACACGCAGGAAGCUGCAGGUGCUGCGGAUGAUGAAGAUGAUGUGCCGCACGCGGCCAGGAGCUUCCCGGAGUACGGCGGCGAUGGGUUGAAGCUGGACUUGUCUCUCAGGCUGUGAGCCUGUGGCUGUGAUCGACAACUAGCUAGAGCUAGAUCAGUCAGUUGGUCGAGGGCCCGUUGGUCGGUGCUCUGCUCGCUCGCCUAUCAUUAAUUUGGUCACCGGCUAGCUGCAUCUGCAUGCAUACAUCUGUAUAUCUGAUUAAUUAUUUGGUGCGGUUACAUGUGAACAAAACAAAUAAAAAUGCCGAAUGUAUAUAUCUGUAUGUAUUAGUAACAGAUUUACGUCUGUGUACGUACUGUCAAUUUAUUGAAAACGAACAUUCUUUUGCUUCGUUUCAAAACUAA